AAAACAAAGACUGACAUGGCUAAAUCUAAUUGUAUAUAGUAUAAAAAGACCAGAGUCUUGGACUAAUAAUUGAUCCCAGUUACUCCCUCUCUAUAAGAUCUAAUAUUAUAUAUUCGUUCAGCAAUAUUCUGCAUACAUUAAAUUUUAUGUCCGUUAUUUGAAUAAUAGAACGAAGUCAUACUAGUUGAGUUUAUUUAGCUCUAAGUUAACUUUACUACAAGUUAUAAGAAUUUGGUCAUCACAACACCAAAACUAUUUCUGACGGACUUUGGCGCUACAGCUGAAAUUUAGUGAGUGAUUCCCUACACAAUGUUGAUGGCGUCGUCGACGACAGCGACAAUAAUUAGACGAUAGCGAAAUGACUGCAAAGUCGAGGUGCAAAGUUCUAAUUUAUUGUUUUGCAAUUAUUUCACAAUUAACCAAGACUAACCUUUGAAACACCAAUAGCGGCGUUGGCUUCAAGAAGAACACAGAAGCACAAGUUAAUGAAGGUGUAGGAGGUGAGCAAAUUAGUGUCGAGGCGCACGUAAAAACACACUCACAAAUGUGUGAAUAUAGUUCAGGAAGCAGUUUAAAUCAACAACUGAUUAAAACAACAACACAGCGAACGAUUGGAGAAAGAACCCAAAUACGAUCGCAGUAUUUUGGUAAUACAUCACGAUCGGCAACUGCGCUGCCACAGUCACUGUUGCUGUCGCUUCGAAUACUGCUUCCAAUACUCUCUUGCGCAUGGGUGAGUGCAUUGAUAGCAGAGCGACGCGAUAAGUGAUCGACAAUAAUGCUGUUCAGUAGCAUUCGUACUGCAUUGUAUGUAUGUAUGUGUGUACAUAUAUGAUUUUUGUUUUAACUGGGAAAGUCAAGAGAAAUGUGAACUGGAAUAUAAAUAUUAAGCGUCAAUAAAUACACAAACAAAUCUUCCAUAUUCGUUAGGAAGAUAAGCAUUGUCGCUUGCAUGUAUUCCUUCACAAUCGACAAACGUGAUCGCUUGAUGAACAUAACCCAAUAAACAUUUGGGUUUAGUUACUUUACAAGCUAGCAUAAUUUAUAUAAAAUCUAAAUAGUGUGGGAGGACUGAGCCAAGUAGCGAACAGAACAUUAAAAAUUUGGGCAAUAAGAAAAAAUCUCAGAUAUACUUGUAUCCGGUGUAAAAUAUAGUCAAUAUGAAAAAUGCUUAAUGCUCAAGGUGUGACAGUGUGAAUUUAAAAAAAAAAUUAAUUUUUCUUCAAAAUUCGAUAGGUUAUAUCUUUAAAAAUAACCUACUAAAACUUUAUAUUGAUAUUUCAAAUAGUUUUUGAGUUACAGCCUUCUAAAAUGUAAUGACCUACCAGUUUUUUGCUUUGAUCAAAAAUUUAAUUAUACCAGGCCGCUAUUUAAUCAACUUUUGAUUCGUUUUUUUUUUACUGCAGGUCAUUGUACGGACUAAAUCUUCUUGAAGAGUAUUUUUUUAUGUGUGAAGAACCUUUUUUAGCGCUGUCAGUUAACGCUUGAAAAAUGUUUACAUUAAAAUUUUAUUAUUUUCGGAAGGCACUAAUAAGGUGGUCAAAUUUUUAGAAAUAUCUUUAGAUUUGAAUAAUAACUUUUUCGAUAUUUUUUGACACUAUCUAAUAAAUUAUUCAAACAUAUCGUACCCAGACCAACUUUUUUCGAAAUACCGUCGAAUACGAUCGAUGGAAAUGGCAUCAACUAUGAAAAUUCUAUUGCACUUAUAAUAAUUAUCUUAGGCGCCAAAAUGUAGACUAUUAGCAUGCCAUUUUUCCUAUAUAGCAUAUGAAGCCUUUAGAUAUGUAAAAAAGUAUUCACUUAAGUGAUUUUGUUUAUUUUUUACGAGCUUCGCAAACAAAUGAAGGCUAUAAAGAUCUCUUUUUGUACGACCACCCGGAUUUUUAUAUCCAAAAUGUGAAAAAAAAAAUUGAAAAAGCUCCAGCUGAAAGGAUUUGAAAUUUAAUACUAAAAAAAUGGAUAUUGCUACAGGAUUCAGCAGCUUCAGGGAAAAUAAAGAAAAUUUUGGUUGAAGUUAAACAAUUGGUCGACACUAGCUGAUUGGGUUACUUAGUCACCACAACUACUAACUUAAGAACCCAUUCAAGCGUGUGUACCUUAACACUACGCUCGCCGCUAUCAACAAAAAUUUCGGCGUUCAACGCCUCUGAGAACGGGCGUCAAACAGCAACAAACUUAUCAUUAAACAUAAACUCACAAGACGCCACAGCUCCCAUUGCAGUUAACUAGCAGCGCGCAGCCUGCUAUGUCGCGACGCCAACGCCGGCGCCGUUUGAACGUCGAUCGUUGAGCGUCUUUUAGCGUUAAUCAACAAGCGAAGCGAACUUGCAAGGCUCCUAAAUAGCAAAGCAAAAUUCAGUUGACUCAAAUGUGCUGUCGGAUGUGGAAGUGUAAAUACGCCAUACUUGUUUAGUAUUAACCGUUAACCGUUGAAUUUCAAAAGCGCACACCGAAAACUAACGCCCUCAUUUGGAGUGUACCCUAGAAGAGUGCACAUAACGCAUAACAAACGUGAAGCGUAAAUUGUUUACAAUUACAGUUAGUAACCAAACACAAAAGCAAACACACACAUCGUACAAAAUGUCGAACGUGAACAGCGAGGAAGCGUUCAAUAUACGUAUUGAUUACUUGAAACCCGAAACGGUCGAGAUUGCCAAAAAUGAGCUGCGCGAGACGCCCGAAGUCAAAGAGGCCGCUAUUAAGGAGCUGCGCGAACUCCUGCAUGCUGCCACAGAUAUUAAUUACAAGGAUGACGAUGAAUUUCUAGUGAUAUUUCUACGCGCUUGCCAUUUCUAUCCACAGAGUGCGCUCGAAAAGAUGCGCACAACAGCCGCUUUCCGCAAAGAAAAUGCCGCACUUGUUCAUGGUCUACUCAUUGAACAGCUGAAGGAUAAAUUCAUACAAUACGGUAUUGUGAAUGUGUUGAAGAAUUGCGAUCAACAUGGACGACGUGUUAUGAUUGUGAAUUGUGGUGAAUUAUGGGAUCCCAAUUCGGUGCCGUCCGAUGAUGUUUUCCGCAUGUUGUAUAUGGUGCACAUUGCCGCCCAACUCGAACCGGAAACACAAGUGCGCGGUGUUGUCUGCAUAAUGGACUUUGAUGGUCUGUCAAUGAAGCAGGUCAGAGCUCUGUCGCCGAGUUUCUCGAAACGUCUACUCACCUUCAUACAGGAUGCAAUGCCACUGCGCAUGAAGGAGGUGCAUUUUGUGAAACAACCUUUCAUCUUUAAAAUGGUGUGGGCGCUCUUCAAGCCAUUCGUACGCGAGAAGCUUAACAAGAGGAUGCAUUUUCACGGUAGCGAUAUGAAGUCAUUGCAGAAGUUCCUCUCGCCCGAAAUCCUGCCCGAAAACUACAAAGGUACACAACCGAAAAUCGAUUACGGUGGUGCCGAUUGGUUCUCGCCAUUAGAGAAACAUGCCGAUUUCGUUAGAGAAUGGUCUGAGCUGGGUCCAGCGAAGUGGUAAACCAAUGAGUAUCACAGCGUGCAAUAAUUGCUACAAUCAAAGGCUGUACAUUCCUUUUCUCUCUCGCUUACUUGAAGAACAAAAACCACGCAAAUGCAAAAUUUGUUUGUUGCAAAAAAAAAAUUACAUUAAACGCAGGCUUUUGCUAAAAACGCGUCUUUCACCUACACAUGUAGUUACUAAGCAUUAUUCCAUUUUUUCUACCUAUUAUACUACAAUUAAGUGGUAAUAAAAGUGUUACAUAAUAAA